UUAAAUAUUUUUUUUAAAGCUCAACAGUAAAAGAAUAGAAAUGUGAACAAAAGUGAAAAAAAAAAUUACCCUUGCAAACCAUUAAACAAUGAAUCAACUAAAUACGUGAAUCAAUCGAAUCAAAUCGAUAAACGACGGGUGACAAUGAGUCGAGCGUUGGUGAAAGUGAUCGCGAGUGUCGUGGCGUUGACGAGUACAAUUAGUAGUGCCAGCGAGUUCAACAUUGGACCGUGCCACUUUCAGUAUCUGGAACCGUGCAGCUCGGACACGAUCCAGUACUAUCUGUUUACCAGUGACAACCCGGAGGGAGCCCCAGUUCUGCUGGACAAUAUUGAUCCCCACGUGCCGGAAGGGGUCAACCUGACCUACCAGAACAAGAUGAUCGUGCAUGGUUACGCCGGGAAUAUUGACUUCAACGCGACCAAGUUGAUCCGAAAUGCGUACCUGCGCCAACCCGCCACCAAUGUGCUGGUCGUGGACUGGGGAAAACUGUCCAAGCUGCCCUGCUACCCGACGGCGGCCUUCAACACGAAACAGGCCGGCGAGUGCACGGCGACAUUUCUCAUCGGCCUCAAGGCCAACCAUCCGGAGUUCAGCUGCCGGGACCUGCACGCCAUCGGGUUCAGCCUCGGUGCCCACGUACUCAGCUUCACCAGCAACGCACUGGAGAAGGCGAUUGGAAUCAAAUUCAAACGGAUUACAGGUCUCGAUCCGGCCCUUCCGUUCUUCGCAACCGCCCGCCAGCACUGGAAGCUGGACAUAACGGAUGCGGACUUUGUGGACGUGAUCCACACGAACGCCGGGGUGUACGGCAAGAUCGAGACGUGCGGCCACGUGGACUUUUACAUGAACGGCGGCCAGAACCAGCCGAUAUGCGAGAACGAUUCCAAUCAGCCCCUGUGCAGCCACAUGAUGGCUCCGGCGUACUUCGCCGAGUCGAUCACCAGCAAGGUGGGCUUCUGGGCCACCAAAUGUACCAGCUAUUUUACGUACUUUUUCGGCUUCUGCCGAUAUAAAUCCGAACAGCAACAGCAGCAGCAGCAGCUUCAACCAGUCGACAACGACCUGAACCAGGAAAAUGGCUUAGGCGAAAACAGUCUGGCUGCCGUCGAUACCAAUCGAAUAUUGAUGGGCGAGCACUGCCAGAAGACCGCCGAAGGAGUCUACUUUGUACCGACUCGCGCCAAGCCACCGUUCGCCAUGGGUGUCUUCUGAGAACCGAUAAAGAAGACUGCCUCCCCCUGAACCACACCCACACUGCCAGCGAUUUCGAAAUUACACCCCAAGUUGAGAAUGUUCCUUCAAAGCGCGAGGAAGCUCUGCGGAAGUUAGGAAAACUGCCAAGUCAAUUGGCAGAGGUGACAACUAGUGGCCACUAUUGUGACAACGUAAACGGAUUGAAUUUCAAACUUCAACGCACGCGUCGCUAGCUGCAGAAGAUUAUGGAUAAAUAGUUGCCAGAAAUAAUUAUAGGUUACGCUUUAAUACCUGCGUUGUUGCACUCUGAUCUAACUGCAUACCAGUGAGUGUGAAACUAGUGACCAACAGUUACCAUUUAGAAGCAUGUUUUCAUAGUAAUUAACAGAUAAGAGUGUUUUUUAAAGUGAUAUGAGCUCAGUGGAUUUAGAAAACCAGAUGAAAUUUAUACCGUUAUAGUGUAGUAUCAUAAAUUUACAACAUAGUCAGCUGAAAAAAUAAAGGAAAU